AUGACAUCAUCAGAUGAUGAUUAUGGUCAAGUAUCAAAUAAUAAUACUAAUAGCAAUCGACGUAUGAAUAGCAAUAGUAAUAAUCCUUACUCAUCUGCAUCUGGUAUUGAAAUACGUUUAUUAAUGACUUCUCGUGAUGCUGGAGCAGUUAUUGGUAAAGGCGGUUUAGCAAUACAAAAACUUCGUGCUGAUCAUCCACGUAUAAUAAUUCAAGUACCUGAUUGUGCCUCACCUGAACGUGUAUUAAUUUUAAGUGGCGAACAAGAUCAAUGUUUUGAUGCUUUAUAUCAAAUCAUUCCAAAUUUAAUUGAUAGUUCUCGUCUUUCAUCAUUUAAUCGUAGACGUAAUACAACUCCUGGAGGAGGAAAUUCGGAAGAAAUACAACCAAAUACUAAUGAUGAACCAAUUGCAUCAGAAAUUCGAAUACUUGUUCAUCAAAUAUAUUGUGGAGCUAUUAUUGGUAAAGGUGGACAACAUGUCAAAGAAUUAAGACAAACAUAUAAUCUCGAUAUUAAAGUUUUUUCUCAAUGUUGUCCAUUAAGUCAUGAAAGAGUUAUUUCAUUACGUGGAAAAACUGAAGAAAUUAUUGAAUGUAUUAAAGACAUAUAUAAUUUAAUGGCAACAUCAUCACAACAACCAAGAGGUUCUCCUUUAAUUCAAUAUGAUCCACAUAAUUUCGACAUUUAUGCUGUGAAUGAAUAUGGUGGUUUUCAACCUCCAGGUGGAGUUGAUAAUCGUUCUUCAUAUAAUCCACGCGGCGGCGGCGGCGGUGGUGGCGGCGGAUAUUCAUCGACUGCACAACGUGGUGGCAUGUAUCCUAUUCAACCAUUACCUCCUCUUGUUGAUGUAUCGUAUGGGGGUGGACCAGGUUUAAAUGCUCGUUAUAACAAUACUGCAUUACUCACUUCAACACGUGUAACAUUACCGAAUGAACUUGUCGGAGCUAUAAUUGGACCACGUGGAGCAAAAAUUCAACAGAUACGUCAAACAACAAAUGCUAAUAUAAUUAUUGAUGAUCAAUCAAUUCCUAGUGGUAAUAGUGGAGGUGGUGAUAGAAUAAUAACAAUUGAAGGAACACCAGAACAGAUCAGUCGUGCACAAGCACUUCUUCAACAAGCUGUUCGACAAUCUGGCCUUUGGCGACCAUAA